UGUCGGUGAUGUGGGGUGUUGAGAGCUGGUAAAGGUGGGAGGGGUUGACACAAAGAUGUACAGGACAGGACACCCUCAUGCUUGCUCCAUAAACCUCACCACAUUUUGCUACCGCAGCUGUGUGGCGCACGCAAUGAAAGCGGAGAGGUGCGCUCCUCCUGGAGUGACUAUGCCGAGUCUGGAACGGGCUUUUGUGCACUGAUCGGCGACUAAGAAGCUCAUUUCUCUCCGACAUAAUCGGAAUGUUGACGCUCUCUCUCUCACUAAGGUCGGUUUCAACAGAGCAUUGAAGACAUCGCUCAUUUACCAUGAGCUGUUUGGAUGUUAUGUACCCAGCCUAUGGACAUUACGCACCGUACGCACCGACUGCUCCCGCUUUUAUCAGUAAUUUCCAGGCUGCCACAGGUCUAAAUUGCACUUCAUCUCAUUGCCGGGAUUUUAUGGACACUCCCAACGGCCCCGAGGGGAUGUCUGGGGGCCCAGGCACUGGAGGAUCAACUUCCUCCUCUGCUUCAUCCAGCUCUUCUUCCUCCUAUACUCCUGCGGCUUCAAGGCCAGAGGAAGGCCCCAAAGAGAAGCAGGAAGCUCCCGAGGCAGAAUACCUGACUUCUCGCUGUGUCCUCUUCACCUACUACCAGGGAGACAUCAGCAGCGUUGUGGAUGAGCACUUCUCCAGAGCCCUCAGCUCCUAUAUGGAUGGUGAGGGCAAACGUCGGGCACCAGAACAUCAGGGAACAGGACGGUGUGACAAUAUGAUCCAAUGGGGAAGAUAUCUGGGCCAGAGGGUGUAGCAGUCAUGUGAGUGACAUCUAUGUUUUAGUAUGUGUUGCUCCUCCUGCACAGCUCCAGCCUUUCCAUUUGCUUCUAUAAAUCAAUUCAAUU